AUGGUGCUCCAUAAGGCCAUCGCUGCUGCUCGUGUUGGGGAUCUAGAUACUCUAAAGCAGCUGCUCACAGCUGAGGAUUUGACAGCAGUCAUUGUUGAUGCCCAGGGGGCAGGACCAGUUCACCAUGCGGCACGUUGUGGCCAGCUCCACUGCCUGCGCUUUCUGGUGACUGAAGCAGGGCUGCUGGCAAAUGGAAGAGCUCUGAACGGCGCUAUGCCUGUCCAUGAUGCAGCUGCUACAGGCCAUACACAAGCGCUGCAGUGGCUGGUGCAGAAUGCAGGAUGCAGUGUGCAGGAGCAGGAUGAUGCAGGGACCACUGCACUCCAUCUCGCUGCACGGUUUGGGAGGGUGGAGGUUGUUGGUUGGCUGCUGGCCUCCGGCGGCAGAGCAGAGGAGGAAACUGACUGCGGUGCUGUCCCUGCUCACUUUGCUGCUGCCAGGGGCGAACUUACCUGUCUGAAACUUUUGAUAGGUCAAGCACCAGGAUGUGCAAACCGUCAGACUUUCAUGGGAGCCACGCCACUGUACCUGGCCUGUCAGGAGGGCCACCUACAUGUGGUGGAGUAUCUAGUGAAGGACUGUGGGGCUGAUGUGCAUCUUAGAGCCCAGGAUGGCAUGACACCUCUGCAUGCAGCUGCUCAUAUGGGUCACCAUGCUCUUGUUGUCUGGCUGGCCUCAUUCACAGACAUCAGCCUGUCCAGUCAGGAUAAUGAGGGGGCCACUGCCUUGCAUUUUGCCGCCAGUGGGGGGCAUUGUCGCAUCCUGGAGAGGCUGCUGCGCACUGGAUCAAAGGUCAUCAAAGACGACUGGGGUGGCACUCCUUUACAUGAUGCAGCGGAGAAUGGAGAGAUGGAGUGCUGCAGGAUACUUCUGAACCAUGGGGUCAGCCCUUCACAGAGAGAUGUAGAUGGCUUCACAGCAGCAGAUCUGGCUGAAUAUAACGGCCACUAUGAGUGUGCCAGAUACCUGCGCUCUGUGGAGAUGGACCCUCAUGGUGCUGUUCAGCUUCUAAAGGAGAGUGAUUCCUUGGAAGGGCAGCUGAAGGAGAGACCAGUGGUAUCACGGAAGCCCAGUUCAGGAGAUUACUACAGACAUAUCAGUGAAACCCAGCGAGACAUGGACAGCCUUAAGCAGACAGAGACGAAAGAUAUCCCCGAAGCUUGUCACCGGGCUCGAUCACCUGCUCCCGCUUUUCUUUCUUCCCCUUUCCCUCGUCUUCUAUCCUCAAAGAAGACCUUGGCCAGCAGUGUUCUGCACAGCCAAAUAGCCAGCACUGUGAUGAAGAACUUAAACUCCAGUAAACCAGUUCCAGAGAAAGGGAGAAAGCUUUUGGGAACGAUGAAACUGGGAGAUAUGAAAUCAAUCACCUCUUUGAGAAAAUCUGGAUUGUCAGAGCGAUUGACUCCUGCUAAUAAGAUGGUGGUGUUACCCACAGAGGAAGCUAACCUAUCUGAUAUUGACUACCUGGUGCCAACUCAUGAUGAGAAGGGCAUGCCUAUAGCUGAAUGGAAGAGACAAGUGAUGGUGAGGCAGCUGCAGGCUAGACUGCUGGAUGAUGAAGCCCAGAGAAGGAAGGAGAAUGGGAACAGGUAUGCAAAGAUGGACAGCUGGAGGUACUCUCAAGCACACAACGCCAUACUGGGUCCAUUUGGAGAGAUGCUAACUGAAGAUGAUCUCAUCUACCUGGAGAAGCAGAUCCAAAGUGUCUCAAUGCAAAAAAACUGCAAGGGCUAUGAAAUGGAGCUGGCUCGCCUCGUAGAGGAACUCCGGAACAUUCUUCCAGCACCCAUUGUCAACAUUACAGUCAAUACUCAGUACAGAAACCCUAACACACAGGUGAAACUGCCUGUGUGGUGUAAUCGCAUAUCUGGCAUAGUCAUGAGCAUGUCCCUACUUAUGAGUAACUUGACUGAUGAGUCUACUUCUAAAAUGCCGAACUCUGAACUUGUGACUGUCUUCUCUCAAAACGUUGAGAGCCAAAAUUCAGCCCGGGGACGGAGGGCGGAAAUCGAAAAUGAGAUUCAUGAAUUUGGAGUAUCUGUGAGCAAUCUGAAGUCCAACUUUGAGAAUAAAGGUCCUCCAGUUUCUGAGGAUUUAGAGAGUACAGAAUUGUGUGUGCAAGAGGAAGAAGAACAUGAAAGUGCAUCAGUAAGACCCUUACAGAAUGAUGAGCCAGUAGAGGUGGAGCAAAAUGAUUCAGGCAAUGACUGUGAUGAAUUCAACAAUGUUAUGGAGAGCACUAGCUUACGCAAAGAGCGUAUUGUGGUUCUGUUCCUGGGUCACUGGAAGAAGUCUGCUUAUGCUGUAACUAUCAAAAAUGCCCAGAGGAAGCUCAGCCUAGACAGUGCUGAGAUGCCAGAUAGAAGCCAGAUUCACCGCAAGGCCAGUUUGGAUAUCUCACCAAAAAAGAUGAUAGAACAUGGCUCUUUGGGACAGUUCUUCAAGCAGAGAAGUGCCAUCAACAAAAUGAUUGGCAACUGGAGAAGCAUGAUCUCAAUUGUUCCAUCACGGCAAAUCCGGAGGCUUAAUCGUCAGCAGGCCCUUUACUCACCCGAGCAGUUCUUGCCCCGAAUGAAUGGAGCACCUUUUGAAUAUGACUCUCUGACACUUGAUCUUUUCAUGCUAGGUUACUUCCACAUCCUUGAGCAGGAUCUUUCAGCUGAUGAGAGGAAGAUGAGGCACCUGCUGUGCUUCGAGGUGUUUGACCAUUUGGGUCAUUAUAGUUGGGAGACAGUGCGGGAUUUCCACAAGGCUGUCAUCCAAGACAUUGAGGCUGGAAAUAGGGAAUGGAAGGAUGGGUUUGAGGAUAUUAAGAUUAAGUUCUUUAGUGAGGUGCCUCCACAGGAGAUAAGCUUGGAGAAGAGCCCACAAGCAGAGAUGAGGCCAGUGCCCAAAGUGAUUAUCCAGACUCCAACCCCUGAUGAGAAUGAUACCUUGUUGAGAAGUGCAGACUUUACCAGCUUGACCAACGAUGACAUCUGCAAGUACAUUGAUAGGAGUUUUGCCUUUUGGAAAGAAAAAGAGGCUGAGAUUUUUGACUUUGAGUAAAAGAGAAAUAUUGGGAAAAAAAAUUUUCACCAAUUUUUGUUGUAACCAUUUCCCACUCAUGUAGUUAAAUCCCAUGACAGCUACUUGCCUG